CGGCUGGAAGGGCCUGAGAGAGUGCACCCCUAUUUAGCGUACGGGGGCCCGAGCCUUUAAUCGGACAUGCACUGAAAUUUAGGAAUAACAGAAAAAGAGCCUGUGGCGACACCGCUGAGCAGAACGGAGCAGGCAAACCUCGGACGCCCCAAGCCGACCCGACGAAGAAGGCCCGGCGCGACCGGACGAAAAGGCCCCUCGCCCGCCCGGCGCGCGCCUCCUCCCGUACUCGGGGCUCUCAGCGCGCUUCCCGGGGCGAAUUUUCCUCUAGUCUGGAAAACCGCCCUUAUGGCUGAGGUGAAGGUAAAGGUGCAACCGCCGGACGCGGAUCCGGUGGAAAUAGAAAACAGAAUUAUAGAAUUGUGCCACCAAUUCCCUCAUGGAAUCACAGAUCAAGUAAUUCAAAAUGAAAUGCCUCACAUAGAGGCCCAACAGCGGGCAGUGGCCAUCAACAGACUAUUGUCUAUGGGUCAGUUGGAUCUUUUAAGGAGCAAUACAGGCCUUUUAUAUAGAAUAAAGGAUUCUCAGAAUGCUGGUAAAAUGAAGGGGUCCGAUAACCAAGAAAAACUAGUCUACCAAAUCAUAGAGGAUGCAGGGAAUAAAGGAAUAUGGAGCAGAGAUAUUCGAUAUAAAAGUAAUUUGCCAUUAACGGAAAUCAACAAAAUUCUCAAGAAUCUGGAAAGUAAAAAACUUAUCAAAGCUGUGAAGUCUGUAGCAGCCUCCAAAAAGAAGGUUUAUAUGCUCUAUAACCUACAGCCAGAUCGAUCUGUGACUGGCGGAGCAUGGUACAGUGACCAGGAUUUUGAAUCUGAAUUUGUUGAGGUGCUUAACCAGCAGUGUUUCAAAUUCCUACAAACCAAGGCGGAAACCGCAAGAGAAAGUAAACAGAAUCCAAUGAUUCAGAGAAACAGCUCGUUUGCUUCAUCCCAUGAAGUGUGGAAGUACAUCUGUGAAUUGGGCAUCAGUAAGGUGGAGUUGUCCAUGGAGGACAUCGAGACCAUCCUGAACACACUCAUUUAUGAUGGGAAAGUGGAGAUGACUAUCAUUGCUGCAAAGGAAGGCACUGUUGGCAGUGUAGACGGACAAAUGAAACUGUACAGGGCAGUCAACCCAAUCCUCCCACCUACAGGCUUAGUCCGGGCACCCUGUGGACUCUGCCCCGUUUUUGAUGACUGCCAUGAAGGUGGUGAGAUUUCACCAUCUAAUUGUAUUUAUAUGACAGAGUGGCUCGAAUUUUAAUAGAGAGCUGUGAAUCUUACUUACUUUGGCAAAUGAAUUACUUGGAGAGCAAAUACUUCAUGAUGGAACAUCCAGUUUCUUUGAAAGCAUACUUCACAAUGAUGGAUACUGACUUGCUGCUAUGAAAAUGUAUUUAUUUAUGAAGACAGAACACAAAACAAAUGAAAUUUAAUAAAGUUUAAUAGGGAAGUCUCUUCUGCAGUAAAAAAAUACCUUGAAGCUCUGGAAGACCAAGGAAAAGGGAGCCACCAAAUACUGUGACCACAGCUGGAGUGUGGAGAUACACGCUUAAAGCUAUUCCUAAGGUCUUCAUUGAAACUCAUCGUAUCGGGUUAUUACCACAGUUUCUGUUUGUUUUUCCUGGGUUUCACUGAGAAAUCACAAGUGGUGCAGCAGGGAGCUGCGAUGGGAGUGUGCAGAAUUGGGGUCUGAAGGGGCGCGGACAUUCCACACUGUCGGGUUCUCCUCACCUCCAUCCCUGUCACCCCACACGCUGUUGUCUGGGCCAUGUCUUCAGCUCAGGGAUACUCCAUCCUAAAGGGGAUAAUCUCACAAGUCCUUCAUUGUUAAGGCUGUAAAUUUCUCUGUAUGGCUUAAUUUUUGUUGUAGUAGGGAGGUGUGGGCCGCAUCCCGCCGCCCAGCUAGCUUAACCCCCUGAAAUAACCACACGGAAAUUAUAUUAAUUAAAUUACUGCCUGGCCCAUUAGCUCUAGCCUCUUAUUGGCUAACUCUCACAUCUUGAUUAACCCAUUUCUAUUAAAUCUAUAUAUCACCAUGUGACUGGCUUACCGGGAAAGAUUCAGCAUGUCUGACCUGGCAGCUGGCUCCAUGGUGGCUCUCUGACUGCCUUCUUCCUCCCAGAAUUUAGUUCUCUUUUCUCCAACUACCUAAGUUUCUGUCCUAUCAAAAGGCCAAGGCAGUCUCUUUAUUUAACCAAUGAAAGCAACACAAAUAUGGAAGGACCUCCUACACAAAAUUUUACUAUUUGCUGAAAUUUUUUCCAGAUUCUUACUUUACGUCUAUAGUAUGAUCCUCUCUGCCACCAGCAUCAAAUUCAAAUUUUUUAAUCUAAUCCCUGUGUGGAAUGCGAUAAGUAGGACCUUUGGAAGGUGAGAGGUGGUGAAUGUGGAGUCCUCAUGAGUGGAAUCAGGGCCUGUACAGAAGAGACCCAAAGUGUUCUGUUGGCCUCUGUUAGGCAAGAAUACAGGGAGAAGAAAAAGGAAGCGGGCCCUUGUUAGGUCAUAUAUCUGCCAGCACACUGGACUCCCCCGCUUUUGAAUCAUGAUAAUUAAAUAUAUUUUCUUGAUAAACCAUCAGCCAAUAGCAGCAGUUCUCAGGUUGAACAACCUUUUCAAGGGGUCAUCUGAGACCUUCAGAAAACACAGAUAUUUACAUUACAAUUCAUAACAGUAUGAAAUUACAGUUAUGCAAUAGCAACAAAAAUAACUAUGGUUGUGGGUCACCACAACAUGAGUGACUGCAUUAAAGGUUGCAUUAGGAAAGUUGAGAACCACUAUCUGUACUGUUCUAUCAGACAGAAGAGACAGUAGCUAAUCAUUUAACUUGUACUAAAACUAGCUGUGUAUGUGGUGCACUCCUUUAAUACUAGCACUUGGGAGGCAGAGGUAGGCAGGUCUCGGUUAGUUCAAGACCAGCCUGGACCACAUAGUGAAUUUCAGGGCAGCCAGGGCUAUAGAGAAAGAGACCCGGACUCAAAUAAAUACAGAUCAUUGUCCUUCAAUGUAAGGGGUAGGAAUCUAUCUUACAGUGUUUUAGACUGGUCUCUUUUUUCCUUAAUUGUUUUCUAAAAACCAUGGUGUGAUGUGUCUAAGCAGAAAACCAUCACUAUAUAGUUCGUUAGCCCCAGCCGUUGGGCACUGGAAAACACUAAGUUAGUUGCCAUGCUGUUAUGCAGAAGAUAGCCAUAUAUCUUUAAGGAUCUCAGUAGUUGAUUUUUACUUUGUUUCUUCUUCUUCUUCUUUUUUUUUUUUUUUUUUUUUUUGAGACAAGGUUUUUCUGUGUGGCUCUGGCUGCUCUGGAACUUUGCAGAUCAGGCUAGCCUUGAACUCAGAUCCACCUUGUCUCUGCCUCCUCCACUAUGCCCAGCUUACUUUGUGUCUUCAAAGUUUCUUUGUGCAAGCCAAAAGCAUGGGCCAACUGACAGGGCUCACAGCCCACAAUUCUUUGAAGCUGAGCUCUACCAUUUGGUAGUAUUCUAAGUGUACAGCAUCAUUGGAGUUACCUUGAGAUAAAUGGGACCAAUAAAAUCCAACUUACUAGAUCAUUUUAUCAAUGAAUUCUGUGUCCAGCUCUAUAGAAUAAGCAUUUAAUGACACCAGCUCUUAAGUGUUAGAUUAUAUAUUAAAUGCAGGUUCCUCUUCUACCUCUAGUGGGGCUGACAUGGUAAAAAAGUGAUCACUCUUCCUGGAUCUGCCUGGCUUAUCCAAUAAGCACUAGUUUUAUUUUCCUAGAAAACUAGAUGUGUAGGAGACUUACAAAGGGGAGAAAGAAUUUUUUUUAAAAAAAAUGUUUAAUAUGUUCUCUAUUUUGUCUUUUUUGUUUUGUUGGAGAAGAAUCUCACUCUAGCCCACACUACCCUGGAGUUCACUUUAUGGUCUAGGCUGGCCUUGAAUUCAUGGUGGUCCUGAUUUAGCCUCCAAGUGCUGGGAUUACAGGCAUUUAGCAGCCUUACAUGGCUUUGUAUUGUCCUGAUGAUUAGAUACUGUUUUAAAUUUGCAGUCAGUGGCUAGAAGUGUUCCUUGCCUCACCAGAAUAAAGAGAUACUUUAAAAGUUUUUCCUCAUAUCAUAUUUUUACUGAAUAUUUUUUGCUUGUAGCAUAUUUACUCUUGAGUAUUAACUGAGAGAAAUAGAUAAGUUUAAAAAAACAUAGCAACUGUACUAUAAAUAAAAUGAAUUUGCCUACAGAAAUAAGCUAAAAUCAGAAGAAAUUGUGGGCAUCUAAAAUCAUGAUGCCACAAAGUCAAACUGCAGAUGAAGUCGUCUUUCCCACCUGAGAACACAUAUUCUAAGUCUGCUGAGGAUUCUGUUUUAAAGUGAUCCUACAUUGCCAGUCAUGGUGUACCAGCGUUGAUCCUACAGAGCGAGUUCCAGGACAGCCAGCAAUACACAGAAAAACCCCGUCUCAAAAAACAAAACAACAUUUGACAUCGUAAGUCUAUUUAAUGGUUUUUAAUGAAUAGUUAAUGUGGCUUCUCCUACAGAAUUUCCAAUUUGACAAUAAAUGUUUUAUAUGAG